AUGAUUGGCGCCGGUGCUUCUCGCACCAUCCUCUAUUCUGGUCUGCGGAGCCAGCGAGCUACCAGCGCUGCUGCCAUAUCCACUUCGCUAGCUUCUCGCAGCACUCGGCUCGCGCCCGUGCAGCUUCGAGCUCUGCACACGUCGUUGCAGCGAAGCGCAGCUAACCCACAAUCGGGCAAGCCAGCUUCGGACUCGUGGUCGCACACCAAGCAAAACAUCAAGGAGGAGGCAAAGUCGAUCCGAUCCAGUGUAGAGUCAGCCAUCGCAGGCGGCAACAAGGGCGAAGCAGCUGAUGCUGCUGGCGCAAACACGAGCGGCGGGGGAGGCGGUCCUUCGGGCGCUGCCGAGAUCCUCAAGGAUGCCAAGAGCAUCACUGGCGAGAUGGCCCAGGCGGUACCUCAACCAGCACUUCUGUGGGGAUCCGCGGGUGUCCUGCCCUACGUGAGUACGGCGGCUGCGUCCAUCUGGCUGGCAAGAAAGGAACACUUGGUCAGCAUGGGACUGGACAAGUCGAUGGACAGCGAGACGGCGAGUGCGUUGCUCUUGCACGCUCAGAACAUCCAGGUUGGCUUUGGAGCGGUGAUGCUCUCCUUCUUGGGCGCUAUUCACUGGGGCUUUGAGUUUAGCAAGUACGGAGGACGCAUCGGCAACCGUCGAUACGCCAUCGGUGUGCUGCCACUGGCACUCGGCUGGCCUACGCUUCUGCUCGCUCCGCAAAUGGCCCUCAUCGGCCAGUGGGCCUCGUUUGUAGCCGUCUGGUUCAUCGACCUUCGCGCCACCUCGGCUGGAUGGGUGCCCAAGUGGUACUCGACCUACCGCUUCUGGCUCACCUUUGCUGUAGGCACCAGCAUCAUCGCCACUCUUGCUGGUACCAACUACUACGCGCCUGGUAGCCGAAGCACGCUCGGUGGCACCGCAUCCAAGCUCGCCGAGGAGGUCAAGGCAGAUGGCCCUACCAAGAUGAAGCUGCUCAGACAGAGCGCCCACGGUAACAAGGGCGGUGUGAUCAAGCACACUGAGGUGAGCGGCGAUGUGGAAGCCACCAGUGCGGGUGCUGAGGGCGAUAGCUAUGUGACCAUCGGCAACCCCAAGCGCAAGGAAGAGGAGAGGAAGGAGCAGGAAGAGGAGGAGAGGAAGAAGAAGGAAGAAGAGGAAAAGAAGAAGAAGGAAGAAGGCAAGAAGGAAAGCGACGGCGACAAGAAGAAGGACGAAAAGAAGGACGACGACAAGAAGGAGGAGAAGAAAGAUGACGGCAAGAAGGACGAAGACAGCAAGGACGAAGAGUGA